UGCACGGGGGCGGCGUGCUGCACGCCCUCGACACAGCGAUCGCGCCUCAGUCGAGGAUGUGGCGUUCUCCGCGCGACGACACUCACCGCGUGCGAAAUCUGUGUUCAUUUAUCAGUAGAUACUCAUGACCCUUCAGUGUGAUUACGGUGCCGCGUUUUUGUAGUUUCCUAAAUGCAAUGUUCUGUGAUCGCGUCAAUUUCGUUAGGAACAUAAGUUAGCUAGUUUACAAAAAUAACCGUUAGGGUGAAUAGUGAUAUACAAGUUUAUCGGCGUAAGCGCCGCCAGUGAGGCAUUAGCGCGCGUGCAAAGCAGUGCAUGUGAGUGUAGGUGCGGCGUGUAGCCGCACGCCGUGGUGUGGUGUGUGCAGCGUGGGGAUGCACUCGUGCGAUGCUCUCGGUGAUCGCGAUGCGUCGGCCGGAGGACGAGGAGCUGGGCGGUCGCGGCGAUGGCGACGAGUUUGUGGACAUAUCCCACAUGCAAUUGCUGGUAGAGGCGGGCCCGAGCGGAAUGCAUUACGGAGGCCCGCCACCGCCGCACGCACAGCCUCAGCCCUACGCGCAGCCGCCCGCGCAUCCCGUAACCACCACAGCUUCCGUCGACGAUCUCUUCGCGCUCUACUUUACACCUACCUCGCAUGGUGAACAUCUAGGUACAUUACCAGGCGAUGAACUGUCGCUAGGAUGCUCACCGCGACGACAUAAACACGAAGCGUCGUUAUCUCCAGGCGCACGCGCAGAAGAUGCCAGCAAUGCUUCAAGUGCGAGCGCCUCCCUUUACGGUCCACCAGCUGGAGGCAUUGCAAAACGUGCUCCUUCGCCGCCUUUGCAAUGGUUAAUCCCUCCGGGCCCUGGCCCGGGUAGUGUAGACAAGUACUUUCAACAAGAAUAUGAGGAAAGAGUCGAGUUACUCCCACCAGAGUGUCAAACCUCCUACUGUCCGCCACCACAGGCCUGUCCUCCACCUCAACACUGUGAGUACCGGCCACCUCCACCUCCACCCCAAGCACAACCUCAACCGCAACACUCAUGGGAAACACAAGAAUAUGCGAGUGCGCCACAGCCGACUCCGGGACCAUCGGGUCUAUUAAAACGAGAACCCUAUCCGAGUCCAGCUGGAGAUCGACCAGUACAGCUUGCAGAAUAUAAUCCCUCUACGAGCAAAGGUCACGAGAUUCUAUCUCAAGUGUAUCAACAAAGCACACAACCACUACGACUUGUAGCGGUAAAACCGCGAAAAUACCCAAAUCGGCCGAGUAAAACCCCUGUUCACGAGAGGCCAUAUGCUUGUCCAGUUGAUGGUUGUGAUCGCAGAUUCUCGCGGUCAGAUGAAUUAACUAGGCAUAUUCGUAUCCAUACGGGACAGAAACCGUUCCAGUGCCGAAUAUGUAUGCGUUCGUUUAGCAGAUCAGAUCACUUGACGACACAUGUACGAACUCACACUGGAGAGAAACCUUUUGCGUGCGAUGUGUGUGGUAGAAAAUUCGCGCGUUCUGAUGAGAAAAAGCGGCACGCGAAGGUUCAUUUAAAACAGCGAUUGAAGAGAGAAAGAGGUGGCGGCGGGCCUGCGCACCACCAUGAAUCGCACCCGCAUGCGCCAGCGCCUCUCUAGCGAUCACCAGCGCCCGCGUCGGCACUCUCGCCGCUUCCUUCAAGUGGCGACCCGCCGUCGACUCCCGGGACCUCCGACUCUUCGGAUAACUGAACUUUUAUAUUUUUCACGUUGAAGUUAUUAAAUAAUUUCAUCGCUUAGGUGUAAAAAAUUGUCUUUAACGAAGCUUUAUUAACUCUACGUUUUGUAAAUUCACUGAAAUUUAUAUAAUAUAUGUAUAACUAUAUGUAGGUAUAUAUAUUAAUAUAUAUCUUUUUAUACGUAUUUGUCAUUAUUAUCAGGAGAUAAAUUCGAUGUAUUAAUUUAGAUAGGUUAAUUGAAUGAACUCGACUGGGAACAAACGUAAAUACGAAGCGAUGUGGCCUAAAGUGUCCAGUGCACGCGACAAUUAUACGGUUAUUGUGUAACCUCGUGCCCUGGUCAUGCAGCAGACGGUCUCAGUGAUUGAAGUAGUUUGCAUCGCUAUCGUCCUCGACGUAGUGUGAACACAUAUCUUUCUAUCUGAUAGUAGUUCCAUAGCUAAGCUUAAUAAAUAUUUCAAAAUGAUGCAGCACAUUGGUGCGUUCAAUGUGUGUGUUAUAAGUGAUUGUAAAGAAGUGAUACAUAAUGAGCCUAUCGCAGGUACAAACGAGGCGAAACAAUGUUUACCAUUACUAUGUUAGGAAACGAUGUAUUUUUAGUACCCUGUUUCACAAAAACGAGUAAAUGGAUGUGGUAAGCAUUUAUUGGCCACGAUUACCUACUUAAUUAUUGUAGGUAGGUCUAAUUAUUAAUAUAUAAAACUAACGUGAAACUGUGCCAUUUAUUAACUUUACAACGUUACGUGCCACUGCAGUUUUAAUUUAAUACAUUAUUAUACUAAGUGUAACACGACUGCUAAAUAAGUGAUAACUAUUAUUAUUUUGUUUUAUAUUUCUAGUCGAAGGUAAUACUAGCGUGAGAAUGUCGACUAUUGUUUGUUUUAUAAGAUGCAUGCAUUCGCUAUACCUAAUUACUAAUUAAUUUUCGACAUCGGCUGUCAAUCUCUUCUUGCUCAAAGAUUUUUUUAACAAAAUUUGCUCAAUUCCGCUUCUUUUAGAUCGUACUGCUAUUACUAUUUAUUUAGUAUCAAGGUUUUUUUACUACUAAUGCUAUCAGAUCCAUGUGUUUUGUAAUCGAUCAAAUGUUGCACUUGUUAUUCUAUUAAUCACUAAUAAUUUUCCUCAGUGGCAUAUAUUUUUAUAGUAUGCAUAUUAUUAUAUCUAGACUAACCUAGUAUAUAACGUAUGCGGUAAAUUAUGAUCUCUUAAUCAUUAUUAAUUAUAAUUUUCAUGUACCUACCUUAUCGGGGUUCCCUAAUUUAUAAUACUCAUAAGUUUUUGUGUAGAUAUAAUUAUGUGUAAGACUCGUUUCUAAAAUUUAGAUUUCAUUUACUGUGAUGAUUACGUUGUUACGCUAUUCCUGUUCUAUAUAAUUCAAGUAGGUAGGUAAAGUUCACCGCUGCGGGUGUCUAGCUCAUUCGCUACCAUACCUUUUAGAUAAAUUUAUUAAUUUAUAAACAGGAAAUUAGCGUCUUUAUUCUUAAUGAAACGAAUUUUAAAUGGUAAAUAUAUAAAAAAUAUUGAGAAACGGUACCGUUUCUACUAGUCGCAAAUGACGUAGAUAUUCAAUGUAGAUACGGUAUGUUUUUUACAUUAGUACAAAAUUAAGCACAAAUAUAUAGAUGUUCUCUUUAAAUGUAAUAUGUUAUAAAAGCCUUCAUGUUCAACUUAAAAUAUCUACUUUUGUAAAACACAAAUUACAUGUGAUUAUUGAUUACUGUUAAUAUUACUGUUAUUUAGGUACUCGCAAUUUAUGCUACAAAUGUAAUUUUAUACAAAUGAAAAUUUUUAAAUGUCACAAUUUCCAUAAAAAUUAUAACAUGUCACCAUACAA